CAAGCACUUUUUGACCACCGUGCGGGACAAGCGGAAAACAGAAUGAGAUAAAGGGAACACUAGAAAAAUAUUGUAUCAGCUGUUUGCGAUGUUUAUGUUCAUGGGCGCUGACAUGUUUAGAAAGGUUGUUUUUAAGAGAAUGGCGAAUGUACCAUUUUGGAAAUAGUUCGUUGGAAAUAUAAAAGAAAGCGAAAAGAGCUAGUGCAAGAAUUCCAUUGUGAUUGUAAAAAUUGUGUUAGAGAGACGUGUAAGGAAAUUGUAAUAUAUUUUAAAUGUGAAUUCGAAUGAUAUUUUAAUAUUAGUUUUUCUAAGAUAGGACAAAUUAUCGUUCCGACUGAUUGGUCGACUAAUAGUAUUGUGGUGACCAACUGUAUUUGAAGACGUACCGUGAGUAGAUGUUAAAUACGAACAAAACAAUGACAUUGAGACAAAAUAUUUCAUUCGAAUAGGUUGAUGACUGAAGGAAGCCGUUUGAAUUGACAACAUUCAAGUACAUCUCAUUGAGAACUUACCGUAAGUCACUUUUAAUUGUACUUAAAGCAGAAUUUGAUGAACAUUUUAUUCAGGACUAAGCGCCCAUCUAAGAACUGUGGUUUUGGACGGAAAAUUAAUAGAAUCAGGGAGAAACUUGUAAUCUUUAAAUUGUCUCACGAUAAAUUUUGAGGAUUUGUUUACUGAACCUGACUUCAACCUCCGGAAUCCGCCACAGAACAUUUUUAAAGAUUACAAAUGGCGACAAGAAUGGCCGAAGAUUACCAGUUCCCGUGCUGUGACCAAGGUAGCGACUUUGACUCCAGUGUUCGCUGCAAUAAAUGUGAAGAGUGGUACCAUUUUUGCUGCGUGAACGUAGAUGAAGAGGACGUCGAGGGUACUCUUUGGUUUUGCAACAAAUGUAUUUGUUCAGAGCCAUCACUCCUGGAAUCCUUUGGAGCAGCUGGACAAACCGCCACUCGUCGCCAACCGCAUAGGGCAGCCAAAAAGAAAGGUAGUAAAGAGCCUGCAGUCGGUAAGUCGAAAAUAACUACGAACAAGAAGCUUAGUAAUAGUAAAAGCAAACGACAGAAGGAAGCUUUAGCAAUUAAAUCAGGAAACAAGAAAUCUGCCCAAGAUUCAGGUUCUAAAAGUAGAUUGUCAAAUACUUUGUCAAACGGUGGUCAUUUACCCGGUACAAUUGAAGCGCGAAGUGAGAGUAAGAUGCGAAAAAGUGGAAGUGAGUCGUCCAAAAGUUCAGUGCGCGAGGCAGCUAAGCGAGAACUGCAACGACUGCGUGAAAUUAGUAUGAAAAAAAUGGAAGAAGAAGAAAUUGAGCUUAAGUUGUUGGAACAUAAGCUAAAAACGGUUCAACGUGAACGAGAAGAAAUGGAAUCUAGGCACGUACAAGAGAGGCUCGUUGAAGAAACAAGUGAUUCAAGCGAAGAUGAUUCCGGCGAAGGAGAUGCAGAUGAUUUUCUGGAGAAGGUAGAAGCAUGGAAUGCCGGUCAGGAAAACCAACAUCUCGAGGAUUCGGUUGCAGUAUCAAAACACUCAGUUAGUCUUCCUGCUCAAGCAAAACAAUCGACCAUGAAUCAAGACGAAAACAGAAAGCGAUCAUCAGGAGCGAAACCUAAAUCAAACCGGGCUUGUCGUGAAUCGAUUCCAGGCAGCAUUAGCAGCAUAGUAAGUGAUUUCGAGGCUCCAUGUGGUGUUAUGAGGAAAAGGUUGCCUGCAAUUCAAAAGGUUCCAACACAUCUCCAGAUAGCUGCUAGACAAGUGUACCCCAAAACGUUGCCCAAGUUCUCAGGAAGGCCAGAAGAGUGGCCAAUGUUCAUAAGUGCAUACGAGCAAGCUAAUGAAUCUUGUGGUUUCACUGACGCAGAGAAUUUGGUUAGGCUUCAAGAAGCAUUGUUGGGGAAAGCACUUGAAACAGUACGCAACCGUCUGCUGCUUCCAGAGAACGUUCCGAAAAUUAUCGAAAAGCUUCGCAAAAGGUUUGGAAAUCCUGAAAUAUUAUCCACUAUGCUAGCUUAUCGUAUACAACGCCUUUCGGGACCCAGUUCGGAAGAUUUAGAAUCUUUGAUCGAAUUCGGCAGUGCUGUGGAAGAGUUUACUGAACAUAUGAAAGCGGCUAAACUUUUCGACCAUCUUAAAAAUCCAAUCCUUAUGAAGAGUCUUGUGCAGAAGCUCCCUCCGUGUUACGUUAUGGAAUGGGUUGAGUUUAAACGUCGCUGGUCUGUGGUUGACUUGGAAACUUUCGGAAAUUUUAUGGAGGAGCUAGUCGAUAAAGCGUUGGAAGGUACGUUUGAGCAGUUUGGUGCAGAUGACGUUAUAAAAGGAAAGAAACGGGAGAAAUUCGGAACCAAAGGACUUGUGAAUUUGACGGUUGCCGAGCCACACGAUCAUUGUGGUACGUGUACUCAAAGGGAAUCGACAACAGAUAUGCAGAAAAACCAACAAGCUGUCGGAGCUAUUCGGACCGUGACGUUAGACCGCAGCUGUUCAGUUUGCAAGAAACCCGGACAUUUCGGAAGAAACUGCAACGAGUUUUUGAAGUUGAACUUAGAAGAAAGAUGGAGUACUACGAACCGAUUACAAUUAUGCCCUUUAUGCCUUUUCAAUCACGGUGGAAGAGAAUGUUUUUCAAAGCGAAAAUGUAACGUCAACCAGUGCCAAAAAAGGCAUCACCCAAUGUUACAUUGGGAACCAACUGAGGGGACAUACGCUAUCAGAAAUUGUAACAACCAUCAUCGUUCAGAUCACUCAGUUCUCUAUCGGAUAAUGCCAGUAACCCUAUACAGUUUGGAGAAGCAAGUCCAUGUAUUGGCUCUUAUCGAUGAGGGUUCUUCCAUCACUUUGAUAGACAACGAAUUAGCAAAUCAGUUAGGAGCGGAAGGAGAACAAGAACCAUUACAAAUGUCCUGGGCCAAUGGAAUGAGUUCCACUGAAAAUGAAUCGUCAAAGUUGACUCUUAAGAUUUCUGGUAAAGGAAGUGAUAAGAAGUAUGAUUUGCUUGAUGCCAGAACGGUUAAAAAUCUAGACCUACCAAUGCAAGAACUUAGUGAAUUUGAAUUUGAAAAGAGGUACAUGCAUUUUGAAGACAUCAGAAUCCCCACCUAUAGUGUGUCUGCCCCAAAACUUUUGAUCGGUAUCAACAACAUUCAUUUGAUUGCCCCGCUUGAAUCCCGGGUAGGGGAACUUGGUGAACCCAUAGCAGUUCAGUGCAAGCUUGGUUGGACACUGUAUGGACCAAGACCAGGAGUUAUAUCAAAUGUUAAUUUCAUGGGACACCAUCGCUGCAACUGUGAUAAAUGUUGCAAGUCAGAUCGCGAAAUGAACGACGCUUUGAAACAGUACUUUCAGCUCGAAGCUGUUGGAGUAUCUCCUGUACCUCUUGAAACGAAAGAAGAUCUGCGGGCCCGAGAGAUUCUACAAAAAACGACAAGACGAGUAGGCGAGCGUUUUGAGACGGGUCUUUUAUGGAGAGAAGAUAAAAUAACCUUCCCAGAGAGCUACAAAAUGGCCGUGAACCGAGUGCGUAGUUUCGAAGCUCGUAUGAAUCGAAACCUGGGAGUAAAGGAAGCAAUUGAAGAGCAGAUAGCGGAUUAUAUAGCGAGAGGCUAUGCGCAUCGCAUAACGCAAAACGAGCUUAGAGAAACGAAGCCGGAGAAAGUAUGGUAUUUGCCACUCAAUUUCGUAACUCACCCGAAGAAACCUGGGAAGAUUCGUCUUAUUUGGGAUGCUGCUGCUAAGGUGAAAGGAGUGUCGUUAAAUGAUAAACUGCUUAAAGGACCAGAUAUGAUCACUUCGUUGCCAGCUGUGAUCAAUGGAUUUCGAGAGAGGAAAAUAGCUUUCGGCGGUGAUAUACGACAAAUGUUUCACCAGAUACAGAUUCGUGCAGAAGAUCGACAAGCUCAACGCUUUCUUUACCGAUCGAAUUCCUACGAAGAACCGCAAAUUUACGUUAUGGAUGUCGUUACAUUUGGAGCUAGGUGCUCGCCCUGCAUUUCCCAGUUUGUCAAGAAUCUGAAUGCUCGCGAACAUAAGGAUGAGUGUCCUGAAGCAGUCGAGGCUAUCGUUAACAAACACUUCAUCGACGAUUAUUUCGAUAGUACAGAUACGGAGGAAGAAGCUGUAGAACGGGCAAUAAGUGUCAAAUCGGUUCACGCCGCCGGAGGAUUCGAGAUUAGAAAUUGGGUCAGUAACUCCGUGAAUGUCCUAGAGAAACUCGAGGCUUCGAUUCCUGAAUCAAGUGAAGUAAAGCUAAUUAAAAUAGGUGGUGACGUAGAGAGAGUUCUAGGAGUGAGCUGGAGUCCCAAGGAAGAUGCCUUUCAAUUUUCCACCGAAAUGCACAGGGAUCUCGAGCCGUAUAUGACAGAAGGAGCAUGGCCAACAAAACGCAUAGCUCUAAGAUGUGUUAUGAGCAUGUUUGACCCGAAGCAGUUCCUGGCGCCACUGUUAAUCCACGGAAGGAUAUUAAUGCAAGACGUGUGGCGUAGUGGUAUCGGCUGGGAUGAUAAACUGGAGGAGGAUCAAUUCAAGCAAUGGUUGAGGUGGAUUAGUCUAUUCCCACUGAUUGAGAAAGUUCGCAUACCACGAUGUUAUUUGGGAAAUAUGCCCUCUUCAGCAUAUGAAUCGGUACAGCUACAUAUUUUCACUGAUGCAGGAGAAGAUGCCUAUGGCUGUGUGGCAUAUCUAAGAUUCGUACAUGAGGGAGCCAUACACUGUUCUUUCGUCGAAGCUAAGGCUAAGGUUUCCCCGUUGCAACACAUGUCAGUUCCUAGAAAAGAACUACAAGCUGCAGAACUCGGCACACGAUUGGCAAAAUCGAUAAGCGAAACACACUCUUUCCUCAUAACCCAAAGGGUAAUGUGGACUGAUUCUCGCGCUGUAUAUUCUUGGGUCAGAUCCGAACGCAAAAAGUAUAAGGAAUUCGUUGCGCAUCGUGUUGGACAAAUAUUAUCUGUAACAAACCCAGAAGACUGGCGUUGGGUGCCGACAAAGAACAAUCCAGCCGAUGAUAUCACGAAGUGGGGAAAGGCAACAGAAGUCCAUUCAUGCAGUCGUUGGUUUCAAGGUCCUGACUUCUUGUACGAUACGGAAGAGCAUUGGCCCGAUCAAUGCCAAACGUUGAUUAACGUUGAAGAAGAGUUUCGAGCGCGAGUGUUAUUCCACGAGAUACUUCUGCCAGAAGGACUGUUUCAUCGUAUAAAUCAGAUAUCUCGUUGGAAUGUCCUGGUUCGAAUGGUCGCUACAGUUUAUCGUUACAUGGGGAACUGCAGAAAGCUAGCGAAAAACUACCCGAUUGAAGCUUUACCAACAAAUGAUGAUAUGUCUAAAAAAUCAAAGAUUCCCAACGUUGUUGUUCCACUUCGGCAAGAAGAGUAUAUGUUAGCAGAGAACUGUUUAUGGCGUAUCGCUCAAAAUGAUGAAUACGGAGAUGAGAUCGUCACUUUGACUAGAAAUCAGAAAUUACCGAAAGAAGAGAAGAUACCACUUGAUCGAACCAGCACUUUGUAUGAUAAAUCACCAUUUUUGGACGAAUACGGAGUAAUACGCAUGGAAGGUAGAACCGAAGCAGCAGAAUACAUGGCGUACGACUCUAAAUUCCCAAUCAUUCUCCCUAAAAAUCAUCUGAUUACGUGGAAGUUAAUCGAGUAUUUUCAUCAACAAUCAGCUCAUGGUAGCAGAGAAAUGGUCGUGAAUGAGAUACGUCAGCGUUUCUAUAUAGGAAAUUUGAGAUCCAUAGUGGAAAAAGUUUCCCGUGAAUGCUUGUGGUGUAAGAUUAGGAAAGCUAAACCUCAUAUACCACGAAUGGCUCCUUUACCAAGACAGCGUAUGGCGGCAGGAGCUGAACCAUUUUCUUUCGUCGGCAUUGAUUAUUUUGGACCAUUGGAAGUUGCAGUUGGAAGGAGACGCGAGAAACGUUGGGUUGCGUUGUUUACGUGUAUGACAACACGAGGAGUUCAUUUGGAGGUCGCACACAGCUUGACAACAGAGUCGUGCAAAAUGGCAAUCCGCCGAUUCGUGAAGAGGAGGCGUAGUCCAGUUGAGAUAUUUUCGGAUAAUGGCACAAAUUUCAUCGGAGCUAGUAGAGAAUUGUAUGCAGAAAUCCACAAAAUUCACGCAGAUUGUUCGGACACGUUCACAAACGCAAGAACACGUUGGUCGUUCAAUCCACCUUCGGCCCCUCAUAUGGGAGGGGUAUGGGAGCGAAUGGUUCGCUCAGUGAAAGAAGCUUUAAAUACAUUAUUGGACGGUGGUCGGUUGACAGACGAAAUCCUGUUGACAACACUGGUUGAGGCUGAAGAUUUAAUCAACUCGAGGCCAUUAACUUAUGUAUCUACAAAUUCCAUAGAUGAUCCGGCUGCAUUAACCCCGAAUCAUUUCUUAAAAGGAGUCUCGGCAGAAUGUUUGCCACCUCGAAAUCCCGUAGAAACAGCAGCAGCACUAAGGAGCAAAUAUUGUCGAGCUCAACAGCUCGCAGAUAAGAUGUGGGAACGAUGGUGUCGCGAGUAUUUUCCGGGACUAAACAAACGACCAAAAUGGUUCAACGAAAGUAGACAAAUUAAACCAGGAGAUUUAGUCUUCGUUAUGGAGGACAAUCAUCGAAAACGAGGAUUGGUGACCAAGGUGUUUGAAGGAUCUGACGGUCGGGUGCGAUCAGCAACAGUAAAAACCGACAAAGGAGAACGGAAGAGACCUGUCGCGAAGUUAGCAGUGCUUGAAAUUAUUGAGGAGUAA